GCCACUAGCAGAGUAUUAAGUAUUGAACAGCAGUGCCGUGUGGACGUACAGUUACUUGUCUCUGGAACACUGACUGAGGCCGGGAGGAGCGCCCCCAAGGACCAUGUUGCUGCUGAGAUUGUGCUGGCUCCCUCUCCUGCUCCUUACCCUGGUGGCGGGCAGCGAGGAGAAUGUCACGGAGGCGGAGACGCAAGCUUCCUCUGACGACAACCCAGCGCCUUCAGAGGUCCCCGUCGCCCAGGACCGCUACGGCGUUCCCCAAGCUGACGACGGUGCUGACGACGACACCUCCAUCCCAGAGGACCAGAUAGCCGUCGAGUCCGUAGACCGACGAUCUCGCUAUCCUGCCGCUAUCCCCAUCCCGCUUCCAGUGCCGGUAUCGCCUGGCACUCUCGUUAUUCCAGAUUUCCCGCGUCGGCCUUUGCGCGCCAAUGCUAAGGAAGGUUCCGGACACGCACUCGUCCGGGGAAAGGGGCAACCAAAACACAUUCGUCCUUUCCGCCCUCCUCCGCCACCUCCAGGUUACGCAGCAGCCAAGCUUCAGUCAGGACCCCUCUUCAAACCUCCGCCACCUCCACAAAAUAGCUACGCUUCUCCCCUUCUACAAAAUAGCUACGGUCCUCCACAAAAUAGCUACGCUCCACUUCCGGCCAGACUCCCACCACCUCCACAACAAAAUAUUUACGCUCCCCCUCCACCUCAGCCAACCUACUCUGUUCCCCCUGUACCUAGCCCUAGCAUCUCUGGCCCCCCACCCCCUCCCCAGUCAAACUACGCUGCCCCUCCUCCUCCCCAGCCAGACUACUCUGCCCCUCCUCCCCAGCCAGACUACUCUGCCCCUCCUCCCCAGCCAGACUACUCUGCCCCUCCUCCUCAAGUUCCUGACCAAAAUUACGGUGCGCCUAAGCCUGCUGAUCUUGUUAAGGAUGGCCCAGCAUAUUCCGCUGGCACCGGCACAGCACAAGCCUCGGCCCCAGGCCCGGUCAUAGCCAAAGCUCCCAUCCCCCUCCCCCAGGUCACUUACGUGGAGCCCGCACCUGCUCCUGCACUACUUCAGGCAACACCACUGCUUCAGGGCAACUAUGCCCCACCUCCGCUACUCCAGCCAACCUACAACGUUCCCCAAGCAUCGGGCCCAGCUCUUGGCCCUGUCCUCGGCCACAGUUCCCCUGACGCCGACGUUUCUGGUUCCGCUAACUCAUACGUGCCCCCGGAGGCCCUGGGGCCUUCAGACGGCUGGCCCAUUUCUGUUCCUGAAAUGCCCAAGAUCACAGCUAUCGACGUCAAGUGCGAGAAGAACCUGAUGAAGGUGAGCAUCGCCUUCGACAAGCCCUUCUACGGCAUUAUAUUUAGCAAGGGUCACUACAGCAACGUCAACUGCGUCCAUCUACCGGCGGGUCUGGGCCGGUCACAAGCCACCUUUGACGUGUCCAUCAACGCUUGCGGCACCAUUGGAAACACCGAAAAUGGUCUUUACGGCUACGGCAGCCAAAGCGGCUCUGGAACUUUCUUCGAGAACACUAUAGUGCUGCAAUAUGACCCGCAGGUGCAGGAGGUGUGGGACCAAGCUCGCAAGCUUCGCUGCACAUGGCACGACCAGUACGAGAAGUCCGUUACAUUCCGUCCUUUCCCUGUUGACAUGUUAGAUGUAGUUCGAGCAGAUUUCGCCGGAGACAAUGUAGGGUGCUGGAUGCAAAUCCAAGUGGGUAGGGGUCCCUGGGCCUCCGAGGUCUCUGGGUUAGUCAAAAUUGGGCAGACUAUGACCAUGGUGCUGGCUAUAAAGGAUGACGAUAACAAAUUUGACAUGCUAGUUCGUAACUGCAUGGCUCACGACGGUAAACGAGCUCCUAUCCAGCUUGUAGACCAGAGAGGCUGCGUUACGCGCCCGAAACUCAUGUCCAGGUUCACCAAGAUCAAAAACUUCGGUUCUUCUGCAUCUGUCUUAUCUUAUGCUCACUUCCAGGCUUUCAAAUUCCCAGACUCGAUGGAAGUUCACUUCCAGUGUACCAUUCAGAUCUGCAGGUAUCAGUGUCCAGCACAAUGCAGUGACGACGGCCUGGUGGGUCCCGGCGGCGGCUACGAAGCUCCUGGACUUGGCCGAGCUAAGCGUGAAGCUGAGGAGCCAGAGGUCAAUAAGCAAAAAGAUAUCGGGGUGAACCGCGUCAUCCAGGUAGUGUCAACGCGGGACCUGACUUUUGUGUUGGAUAAGAAGGGCGGGACUGACAGUGAGCCGACAGAGUCGGAAACUGCGACACUUGUGGCGCCACAAGUGGAAGACCAGUCGGGUCUUAUCUGCAUGUCGACGCCAGGAUUUGCCGCCACACUCAUCGUCCUACUUGCAAUACUCAUCGUCUCCUGCCUCAUGUCGGCUUUCUUGUGUCUCCGUUUCCGUGGCAACGGCGACACCCGAUCAAUAAUCUCCUCUUACGACAACCCUGCCUUCCUGCAUAAAAAGGGUCACUUCUAGACAAUCCAAUCUACAAAAGUCCUGCAACAGAGUAGCGUGGGGGAAGCGACGUGAGGCCAGACUAAUGAGCGCUGCACUACAAAGCUUUUACCUGUGUGUGGCGGCCCAGAGAGUUGUGGCACAGCCCCGCGUCCGUAACCUCAAGUCGCGGCGCCCACGGUGAGUCGUGGUCGGGCAUUCAGGCGCCUCGAGUCACUCCAGUAUGCAGCCUUGGGCAUGAACGGUGCCCCUGGGUAUUCUGCUCAGCCCGAGACAGCGAGUCAAGUCGCCGGGUGGUCAAUGUGUUGCUCCAUGCCCAGCAACAGCUGCUCCCCUCGUGUGUGUGUGUGUGUGUGUGUGUGUGUGUGUGUGUGUGUGUGUGUGUGUAUAAUUCGUAACUCUUAUUUAUUUUUCUCUAUUUAUUGCGUCUCGUUACGCCGCCAGGAGCCCCAGGACGUCCUCAAUAUUUCUCAGGUUUCUGAAGGAGGAGGCUGACGUUACGGGCGAGGCGUGCACGAGCCAUUGGGCCCCAACCUGCCGGCGGCGUUGGGCCCCGGGUCAGGGGCCUCUGGUAGGCCGCUAUGGGCCACAGAAAAGCCAUCCUGUCCCAAACUCUAGGAUUAAUUUGGGUCAUAUACAUAGGGUCUUCACAGGGUAAAUUGCAUGAUCAUAUCUUCCUCACCUCGGGCACACUCUCUCACUGCACUACCAGCACCCCAUUACUGACAAGGUUGCCAUAACUGUCAUCAUAAUAAUAAGUACUCAACUAUUGCCUCUCCACCAGUAUUCAUCACUCCUGUUCAAUGUUUGUCCUCACUCAAGUAGCACGGAACUUAAGGGUAAUGCUGGACGGUCCCAAACACUUCAUUCUGUGUGCGUGUGUAUAGAUAAUAGAUUAGUUCCCCCAGAUAACCAGACGACGCCUAACUUCCCAUUUUCUAAGGACAGCGCCAGGAAUCAUAAAAGACGUGACCACUUACGAGAUCUAUUCUUCGUAUCUAUAUCAUGUUGGCUCAGUCAGUAUUUACGAAACUAUUUAAGAGCUUCAAAGCUGUACAUGAUCAUAGUAACCCCAAGAUAGUAUUAAUAGUAUAAACGACCUCGUAGUAAUUCGGAGCUGGUAAGCGGUUUAGUGAAUACCAUCUAAGCCGCCUUGUUAGACGUAAGAGGAAGAGAUCUUGCAAAUGGGCACGCAAGUACCCCGUGACUCCUGAUCCAGGGUCCCUACAAUACGUGGGUAGUUGUACAUACUGUAAGAAAAGGUCCCCCCCGCCCCCCAACACAUUAGUUACCUCUUCCACCUCACUCAUUCCAUCACCCAUUGCCCUACGUGUCACUAAUUCUAAUGACGGACUAAUAAUUAGUGUUGGUUAUCUAACUCUUAACCAGUCUACAAGAAUGUGAAGUUGCUCUAGUUGUGAAUAAGAUUAUACAAGUGUGUGUUUAACUGUUUGU